UUUCUUUUCUCUCUUUUACUUUAUGGUAAUAACACCACUCUCUCUCUCUUAAUUUUUUAUACUACUAUUGAGCAUUGUGUUUUACCAAAUCGUGUCGGAAAGAAUACCAGAAAAACGCAGCCACACAUUAACAGUGUUUCACUGACACUCCAAUAGUGCAGAAUUCUUUAUAUCACUGCGUUUAAUUUCUACAAAAUAAAAAACUUAGUUGAUCUUUUUGUCUAAUUCUUGAAAAGAAAAGAAAUCCUGACCAUAGAUUCCCAAUCCUGUUCUUUUCUACUCUCUUCUUCAUAUCUCUAUAAGUAGUAAUAUCUCAUCCAAUUUCUAUCCCUUUUCGCUCACUUUUUUAGCCAAGAAGACCAAAGAAAAAAGAAAAAAGAAAAAAGAAAAAAGUGGGUUUUGUGAGAUUUAUGUCGGCAAGGUCUUGUUUGGCUGUGAUCAAAUUUGGGGCUUCACUGAAACUCUUGUUUUCACUCUUCUUUGCUCUCUGCUUGCAACUUUCCUCAAUUUUUUCGAUGGGUUUGAGGCCCAAAAGGAAUUGUUCUGGAGCAGUAUUUUUCGAGGGAUUUCACAUAAAUCAGCAAUUUUUACAUCUUAUUUUGCUUUUGAGACCGCCACUACUUACCUGAUACAAAGAGUAAUCUUUAAACAUUUACUUCUAAUUUUGUGCAUUACAAUCUUUUUCCUUCUAAUUUCCUUUUUAAAAAACAAUUUUUUUUUGCAUAUAUUGAGGUGUUUUGAGGUGAGAUAAGUCGGGAUGAAUAAGCCUGUGAGGCAAACAUCAUUAAAACUUGAAAAUUUAGGCAAAAACAUGGAGAAAAAAGCUGAUUUAGACAUACCAGUCAGGAAAAUUAGGAUUGUUUGUUAUGAUCCUGAUGCUACUGAUACCUCGGACGAUGAGGGGAUCGAUGAUCCUAAGUCCAAGCGUUUCGUUCGAGAGAUUAAGUUGCAAAUUGGCAACUCUUUUAGUCCUCGUAAAAUGGCUCAAACUGAAUGCUCCUUUCAAGAUAGCAACAACAAUGCAGCGAAAAAACCAAAGAAAGAGGUUAAGUUUUUAGCUAAACCCUUGAUUCGAUCAAGGCCACGAGGUUUAUCGAAAUACAAAGAUGUUCGUCAACGAAAAUGGGGAAGAUGGGCUGCUGAAAUUCGUGAUCCUUUUAAAGGGAGUCGGGUCUGGCUGGGUACUUAUAAUACUGCUGCGGAGGCUUCUGGAGCUUACGAAUUGAAACGCCUUGAAUUCGAUACUAUGGCGAAGAAUAAUAGCACAAAUGUGUCUGAGGAGGAGAGUUCUGAUGAUGGAAGUAGUAAUAAUAUCAACCAUUCUGGUUCAAUUGUCUCUGAUCACCAAAAUCAAAGCCAAAAUGUUGCUGGUGUUUCAGAGGACUAUGCACAAAGCUCGGCGUCUUCAAUUCUUAAUGGGCAAAAAGAUAAUGAAAAGGCGAGUGAUGUUACUUUGGAGGCUAAUGUUGAAGUGCCUGAGUUGGCAUUAACGGAGGAAACACUAUCUUUGGAUCAAAUUGGUGAAAGUAUGGAUAUGGAUCUUGAUUUGGAGCUUGGGUCAUUCCUCAAUAUUGGUGCUGAUGAUUUCAAUCAGCAUGUGGAUGACUUUGUUGUCAACGAUUUUGAGGACCCUCCGUUUUGUUUGAUCGAGGGUGAUGAGGAGCAGUUGCCUAAUGGUUUGCCUGAUUUUGACGUCUUCGAUUUCGAUGGCUAUAAUGAAUCCUUUGCUUGGAUGGAUGAUGCUCCGGGUAUGAAUGGAACAACAGCCCUCAAUAUAGCAUGCCCAUAAUUUUGCAGGUAGAUGAUGAGUUAUGUUUUGAUAGUAUUAGUAUUACAUAUAUUGACACAUAUAUUAAGUGUCAAUAGAGUUGUCUGUCUCAAGAAUCAGCUAACGAGAUGCUUGAGACCGUGAUUUUCUUUGAGGAGUUCUAUUUAUUUGUUUGUUUAAGAGAAGUUUUUGAGUCCGGGGAUGGUUGUCCUCAAAGAAAUUUUGGUCCCCUUUGGGUUUUCCCGUGUUUUUUGAGCUGUCCAAAGGGCUUCAAUCUCAAUGUGCUUAGUCUUGGAGAGUUUGUUGCCGAAGAAAGCGAUUGAAAACUAGCGUGAUUUUAGUAUUUUAUUCGCUAUUACCCAUCGUUUUUCGAACUAUGGUAUCAAUGGAGUAUGUUACGUAUGAAAUCUCUCGAAGAGCUUCUUAAGGGAACUUCGUUGGUUUUGAGAUUCUUCUCCUACUGAUGAUUGUCAGUGUAUAUUAUCUGUUGGAUGCUUUCUUGGCUGAGUAUGUUGUGUAAUCGUUGAUAUUGAAAGUUACACAUGUUGGGAUUAAAAUAACGAGGGGCCAUUCGAGAGCUGACAAAGCAAAUAUUGAACCAUGAUAAAUUAGAAAAGGUCAAUUGAGAAAGCUAAUAUGUAUAAAGAAAGUAUCGAACUAUGAACUGAGCUUCCGGAAACUAGUGAAGUGUGCCAAAAUUUCGAAUAACAUUAUCAUUGCCUUAACUUCAAAAAAAUGGAGCUUUCGUUGGUGUGAAAAUCCAAGGUCCAAAUCCUUUUGUUUUUGACAGUUUGUUGAGUCAGAUCUUGAAUGUUGAUAUGUGUUACAAUGGGACAAUAUUUUCUGGAUAGGAAGGAAAUACACUUUUUGGGUUGCUUGGCCAAUAGCCAAUCAAAGGCUAUCAAGGACCACAGGUGGUUGUAAGAUGUCAUUCCCUAAUUCUUUAGAUACAAUGUAGUUUGACUCGGCUUGUAAGUUUAAGAAAAUUAAAAUGGAAGAUACUGAAGCCUAUGGCUGUAAGUAUGCUGCAAUAUUUGUUUGGCUUUAAGAUAUUUUAAAGGGUAACUUGCAUAAAUAAUUACCUUUUAAUGUUUGCUUUCAAUUCGUAGCUACCUUUUUGCUAUUUCCAAUUUGUAGCUACAUUUAAGCAUUUUCGCCGGAUUUGAUGUAUUUCAGUGUAUUUGAAUACACUGUUCAGUUGUAUUCAACUUUAUCUGAUGUCACAUGUAUUUGACUGUAUUUGAAUACAGGUAACCUUAAUUUUUCUGAA